CACGAUAAGUACAGGCGUUGUGAUAGUUGUUUUGCCGCGUCUAUUCAACUUUAUUUAUUUUGGUUUUUGAAAAAUUAAUAAUCAAAAUUUUUAUUAAUAUUUCUUCAAAAAUCAUGUGUUUAUACCUUGUGCAUUAGUAUUUUAUUCGAAAACAUUGUAUGGUGCAUUUUUCCAUGGAAUACAAAAAGCGCGCAAACUAAGCCUACCUUGAAAUAACCGCUUCAAAUUGUUCUUUGUAGUGCGCAGUUGAACUUGGUACCUUUCAUGUGUUUUAUCUGAAAAAUAUUGUUCGAGAAAUCAUUUGAGAGCAAUUAGAAAUAAUAAGAUGUUCUUAGAAAGUCAAGGUUUUCCAGAAAGUAAGAUUGUUGAUGAUCGAAUAUCUAGAGCAAUUGACAAUGAUCACACUGCAGCAAUGAAAGCUCCUAUUGAGACUAAAAAGAUCAAGAAGAAAAGUGGUCCUGAUAUGAUCACUGUAUGUAUGCUAUGUCAGAAGGCUUUUAAGAAUCAUAUCAUCUAUCGGAAACAUUUGAGAUUGCAUUCAGAUAAAGCACAGCACCAUUGUCACAUCUGUGGAAAAAAUUUCCUCAAAAAACAUCACCUGCAAUCACAUCUUCAAACUCAUGCAAAACAUCAGUAUCAGUGUCCUUACUGCCACAAGCGUUUCUCACAAAAAGGAAAUCUUAACCAACAUUUAAAAUUUCAUGCAACAAAGAAAGUAUUCAAGUGUACUUUUUGUGACAAAGAUUUCUAUCAGCAGGAACACCUGAAAGCUCAUCUUCGGCAUCAUAAUAAUGAGCGACCAUUUGAAUGUGAACUCUGCCACAAAUCUUUCAACAUAAAGAGUUCGUUGCAACGUCACAUGAAUUGUCACACAGGUGAAAAACCCUUUAUCUGUGAUAUAUGCAACAGAGGAUACACACGCAGGUCGGUUCUUAUGUUGCACAUCCAGCAAGUACAUGAAAACAAAAAGCCUUUUCAGUGUGAUGAAUGCCACUUGUGUUUCUCCCAGAAAGGUAAUCUCCAAGCUCAUUUUCGAAGAAAACAUCUGCAACCAAAAGCCGAUGGGAAACGUGGGAAGGAUAAAGAUGGCAAGAUGAAGCGUAGUAUUAAAAGAUCGCAUUCAAGACCAAAAACUGUUAAAAUAUCUCCUAGUAAGAACUUAACACAGCACAACAAAGAAGAACAAUCUGAAGAGCCAUCCAAAAGUAAAUUGAAUAAAACUAAAAUGGACAAUACUUCACUUCAUAGCUAUGCCAGCAAGGUGAAAGCUAUAGUUAGUCGUGGAGCAAAGGCACAACAAGCAUCUGAAAACCAAAGGAUCGUGAACAAAUUUUCUAAGUCAGCCUUUUCAGAAAAUCCAAAAUACAAGGAACAAAUAAAAGACCAGUCCACUUUAUAUAAUUCGCCAUCAUCCCAAGAUAGUAGCAGUAGUAGCUCUUACAGUUUAUCGGAUGAAGCAGUUGACAUAGGGUGCAGUUCAAGCAGUGGUGAAGACAUUCCAGAAUUAAAUUUUCCUACCAUUCUUGAUAAUCAUGCUGAUAUAGCUUAUGAUAUUAAGACCCUCUCAGAUUUUGAAACCCUUUUGGAUGGUAACAAAGGGUGGGAGGAUUAUUUAAUGUCUGAUUCUGAUAACAUUUUAAGUUCCUCUUUGUCGCAUUAUGAGAUGAGUGAAGUCUUCUCUUCUCCGGUUAAGUCGAACGUUUUGUUAACAAAAAGUACAAACUUUGGAAAUGAUGAUAUAUUUCCCUCUUUAGGCUGGACUGAUGACUGUACUGCUAAUCCAUUAUUUACAGCUGAUGAUUUAGAUGAAAUCAAAGAUAUUUCUAGCAUUUGUGGCAUAAAUUCAAUUCAGCCUGAUGCAGUAAAACUUGAACUCUAUGACCAAGAUAAGCGAUAUCGCAAUAGCCAAAAUUCAAAAGGUGUCAGUCACCUUAAUUUCAAUGUGCAUAAGGGCCAUGUAGCUGGUACAUCUAUGCAGGCAUAAGCUUGCAGCCUACACCUCACAUAGCUGUCAAUCCUUCCUGAUUUCCCAAGAAAAAAAACAUCUUCUAUUUACUUCUGUAGGAAAUAUAGAAAACAUUUAUAAGUUAUAUUUCUGUACUAAAAUUACUACUAAUAGAUAUUUGCUAGGAUUGGAGCAAAAAUGUUGCAUGUGGAGACGGUUUUGUGAUAAUCUAUUUUCAUAAAAGAUGUGUGUAUGUGUAUGUAUGUGAAAACUAUGCAAGAGAAUAAGACCAUGCAUGUAUUUUUAUUUAAGCAUCUUGAUUAAGUGAAGUUGUACAUUUUUUCCCCAGAAUGCACUUUCCCACACAUAAUUUUUCUCAUUUUAUAAUUCUGAAAAUGAGUUUUUCAUCUUACUUAAUUUUUUUUAAGUUCCUAAAUAUAUGUUGUAUCAAAUUUGAAUUUUUUUGGGUUUUCUUAGGUAAGACUUGUCAGCUAUAUGACCCUUGUAUGUAGCACAAUUUGAGUACCUAACACUUUUCCCCCAGUCUUAUUCUAUAAUAAAACAUUCUGUAAUAGCUGUUGUCAUUUCUUUCACAUGUUAAACUGGCAAUCUCUUUAUUAAAUGUUUUUUUUU